UCUCUCUCUCUCUCUCUCGUGUGAAAAAGUAUUUGGGUAGAAAUUUUGCAUCUUGGUAAUUCGUCCGAUUUCGGUACGAACCCUAGAGAUUUCACCACUCUUCAAACAAGCAAACUUGAAUCUGUAACAUUUGUUGUGAGUACUCUUCGUGCGAUCUUUCUUCUCCGUUGAAUAUUGAUUGGGUUUUACGAAGGGGUGAAUUGAACAUGGAAGAGAUGUCUCUGCCUACCCUGUUCGAGAAAUCAAGGAAGAUUCAUCUCGCGGCGUCGGAGUCCGGUAUCGAUCAGGAUCUCGUGAAGAAAGGGUGCGAGAUGCUACGGAAAUCCGAGGAUAUGAUCGGAAAGCUUGGUUUGUUCUCAUCUAAUGAGACGAAAGACGAUAUCAGCACCACCAAUCUCAAGUAUCUUUUGGUGCCAUUCUAUCUUGCGGAGUUGACAGAAAAGAUUGCUCAGGAUGACCGGAGUCAAAUUGUUAAGGCUUCACAGGCGAAAUUGAAGGAAUUCCUUUCAUUCUGUGAGGCAAUGGAGCUUGUCCCAGAUGAGGAGCUGCAAGCAUCUUCACGCGGAGGGAGUGUUCCACCAGCUGACCGGAGGGCUUUGAAGAUAGCUAGGUUCAAAAGGCAAAAAGCUGCUGAAUCAAAACUGCUAGAAAUUAAGGAGCGGAAGGAGCGUCGGGGACGUUCAACUAAAGCAGCUGCUGUGUCGGCUCCAGUGGAAGCUGGAGAGGAAGAUACUCCAGAUGAUGACAGUGAAGAAGAAAGAGAGGCAUGGCUGAUCACAAUCUCGUUGGCGACUUGUAAGGCUCUUGAUCUGAUGGAGAUGCUAAAGAAAGAAGAAGAAAUGCUCUCAGCUAUGAAGGAAAAACAGGUGAAGGAAGGAGAGAACGGAUUUUCUAAGGAUGCCCUCGACGAAAGAACGAAGAAAGCUGAAGCAUGGCAUAGAGAUGCUGCUGCAAGGGCACAGUACUCUAAACCAGCUCAGCCUAUAACUUGUGCCACGUUUGCUCAGGAUGUCAUAGAAGGAAGAGCAUCAGUUUCGCAAGCCCAUGAACACAAGCACCAACCUUUGAUAUUCGGGCCAGCUAGCCUCGUUAAUGGACCGCUAUCCACUGAGAGAGAAAGGAUGGCAGCGCAGGUUUUUCAGCCGACUCAUAGAAUGCCCACAAUGAGCAUAGAGGAAGCUGGGCUUACAGAGAUGAGGAUAAUGAACAAUUGGCAAGAGAGUACUAAACAAGCCAUUGAAGAAGCCAACUCUUCCUGGUACAAUGACAAGCCUUUAAGGAGAAAGGAAGAGGACGGGGAAGAGGAAGAGGACGAGGAGGCUGUGAUGAGAGCCAGGGCCUUUGAUGACUGGAAGGACGACAAUCCCCGCGGUGCUGGCAACAAGAAACUCACUCCUUGUGGCUGAAAAUCCCCCAAAGUUCCUUCCUUUCAGUCUCCGCUCUCUUGCUGCUGAAAUAGAUGUCUGCCAUCUCUCUCUCUUGUUUUUGUUAGGCCUGAACUUGUCAGUUUGUCGUUCUUUUUUCUUGCAUGUUGUUUCCAUAUACUUCGUUAUGCUUUUAUGAAUUUUUAAUUUAUGUAUGAUAGCAUCGAAGUAGGAGUUGGUGACA